UCGAUUUGAGACGCGCCCUGGUGUGUGGAAAGACUGAAUGCGCUUCUGGCACCUGCCUAUGAGCUUCAACCUGACCAGCGCGCGCGCUGCCAAUAGAUCAUCUAACAGUAUUCGUGGAAGAAAAAAAGAAAAAAGUUUGACAAAAAUAAAUAAAUAAAAAAAAAUAAUAAAAAAAGUCUACUUUGCUCCCACUUGUGGGGUGAAAUAAUAGCUAGAUAUACCGUUAUCCUGAUAACCACAACAAUGUACAACAACUACUACUAUUAAUAAUAAAUAACAUCAUCAUCAUCAUGUACAAUAGCAGUGUUUUAGCUGAGCUGGCAGCUGAAGCCCAACAAAUAUAUAUUUAUUUUAAACCUAGAAAUAAAACUAAACCUGGGAAAUAUCACGUGUCAAUCUUAUGCCGUUUUAACUGGCAAUUACAGCAACUCUUAAUAAGUGAGCUCAAUUCGAAUAAUUUAAUGUUAAAUGCUCAGAUGAAGGCAGAAAUAAUAUCCACAGUGUUGUUACUGUGUGCCGUUCACGGUUUUGCUAGCUAGCCAGCUACAGUAGUGGUGCUAUGUCUAUGUCUGUGGAGAGCAGACAUGCAUGUAGCAGACUUCAUUGCCGGCUCUGUUGGAGGAGCUUUUGGAGUGGCAGUGGGCUAUCCUCUGGACACUGUUAAGGUCAGGAUACAGACCCAGAGGAAGUUCGUUGGGGUUUGGCAGUGCAUUCACACCACCUGCAGGAAUGAAGGGGUGUACGGCUUCUAUAAAGGUAUGUCGAUGCCCAUCACUACAGUGUCUAUCAGCUCGUCUCUGGUGUUUGGCACAUACAGGAAUGUGCUGCAGGUGUUGCACCACCUGCGGGGUAAAAGCGCAGAUGCCCCCAAUGCCAAAAAGGACAUCUUUCUAGCAGGCUUCGCUGGGGGGAUUGCUCAGGUUUCAGUAAUGUCUCCGGCGGACAUUGUGAAAGUACGUCUUCAGUGUCAGACCCAACUGUAUCAGCGAUCCGACCUCACAUCCAGGCCUAAAUACAACGGGCCUGUACACUGUCUAUUAACCAUCGCCCGUGAGGAAGGAGUGCUGGGCCUUUACAAGGGAGCCGGAGCCUUAGCACUAAGAGACGGUCCGUCUUUCGCCACGUACUUCCUUGUCUAUAACACUGUCUGUGACCGUCUGUCUCUGGACAAGAAUGCUCAGCCAGAGUGGAAGGUGGUGAUGCUUGCUGGAGGAUUUGCAGGGACGUGUGCCUGGAGUGUUGGGACCCCCAUGGACGUGAUAAAGUCCCGCUUACAGACUGACGGUGUGGGCAAGAGACACUACAGAGGAUUUUUUCACUGCAUAACAGAAAGCGUCCGAACUGAGGGAACCGCCGUUCUUUUUAAAGGCCUCAUGCUGAAUUGUGUACGUGCCUUUCCAGUCAACAUGGCAGUAUUUGCCAUGUACGAGCUGAUCAUUCGCUUUCUACGACCAAAGUCAUAGGUCAUUCUACUUAUCAUACCGCACUUACUCGCAUAUCACACCAUGAAUACGUGGAAACUGUUGAGAGAAUUCGGAAAAUCAUUCUCGAGUGACAAACCUGGUUUGAUGGUUGACUUAAUGAAAGUUUAUUUAUGACGUUUUAACUGGUUUGCAUUGAUUUGCAGUAACCACCUCUACUGAAAGCUUAAUAUAAUUUUAAUGAAUAUAUUUAUAUCUGCAUUGUGUUUGAUCAUUUCCUGGUGAAACUAACACUACUGCUUCAUAUUGCCGAUUGUACUACAUAUCAUAACUUAAUGGAAAACUGUAUUAAGAGUCAUUUGAACACACUUUAAACUGUUCUCACUAAAAAGGACCAUUUUAAUAGCCUAUCAUUCUUGUUGUUUUAAGCUAAUAUCAUCUACCAUGUCUGUAGUUUGUGUAAUACAGUGGUUGUGUGUUACUAACAUGUAGGUCUGAUGGAUACCUCAGAACCUUAGGGACAGUGAAGUAACCAGAACUUUUGUUUUGGAAUGUUAAUAAUGAUAAUAGUGUGUAUGGGGAGCUCAGCAGAACACCAUAUAUAUAUCAGACGACGAACUGGUAA